AUGGUCUGUCGGAGGGUAGUUCUACUAGUGCUUCUGAUUGGCACUUUAGCCGUUAGGCGAGAAGAUUUCAAAACAUGCGAACAAUCGGGUUUUUGUAAGCGACAUCGGGCUAUUUCGGUUACACGACCUAGGAACUCGCAAAACAAUUCUCUUAAGGAAAAUACUGGUUAUGAAUUAGUUCCGCAAUCGUUGAAGUCUGUUCGAUCGAGAAUCGAUGCGAUAUUGCAGAACUCUGAAGGCAAGCUUGCCUUCCGACUUUACGGCCUUAAGGAUGCAUCAGUUCGUAUCCAAAUAGAUGAAUCUGAAGAGAGUAUCAGGAAGCGUUUUGUCCCAGCUGAAGCACUGGAUGGCGAACCUGGAGAGGUUCUGUUAAAUCAUGCUGUUUUUUCUUUGUUGACUAGAGUUGUCGUUACGUUUAAGCCGUUUUUUAUGGAUGUUUAUAACGAAUAUGGUGAACUUGUGGCUCAAAUGAAUAGGGAUGGUAAGCUGAAGGUCGAACAAUAUCGUGUAAAGGAGGAAGGGAAAGAAUAUCCAGAGAACUUCUGGGAGGAGAGUUUUAAGAGUUUUACAGAUAGCAAGCCUUUUGGAUCCAGUAGCAUUGGAGUUGAUAUUUCAUUCAUCGGUUUCCGGAACGCAUAUGGUCUACCAGAACAUGCUGAUUCAUUUGCUUUGAAGUCCACAGUCGGCAAUACGGAUCCUUUUAGAUUGUACAAUCUUGAUGUGUUCGAGUACGAACUGGGCAAUCCAAUGUCGCUCUACCUUUCAGUGCCAUAUAUAGUCGCACAUAGGAAAAAUGCAACUUUAGGGGCACUUUGGUUGAAUGCUGCUGAAACGUGGAUCGAUACACAAUCUUCAGCAGAUUCGAAAGGGUUAUUUCGUAGCGUGAUAGACAGGGUGCGUGGUUUUACGUUACGUGUCCCACAUUUUGAUGCACAUUUCAUGUCCGAAACCGGUAUAGUGGACGUUUUUUUCUUUGGAGGUCCUGGACCACGUGAUAUUCAGCGACAACUAUCACGAAUAACUGGAGUAACCCCUCUUCCUCCUAUUUUCUCUAUAGGUUAUCAUCAAUCACGAUGGAACUACAAUGAUGAGGAGGACGUGGAUCAGGUAAACGAGAAAUUCGACGCGUAUGAUAUACCGAUGGAUGUAAUUUGGUUGGAUAUCGAGCAUACCGAAGGUAAAAGGUACUUCACUUGGGACGAGCACAAGUUCCCACAUCCACGCGAAAUGGUAAAUAGAGUGGCUGCCAAGGGGCGCAAAAUGGUAACCAUUAUCGAUCCUCAUAUCAAAAUUGAUAACAACUACCCAAUAUACAAGGAUGCUAAGGAUUUGGAAUUGUAUGUAAAGAAAUCUGAUGGGAGCACCAACUUUGAAGGCCAUUGUUGGCCUGGAUCAAUGAUAUGUUUGAGCUUCAAAGCAAAGCGUGAUGAGGUUGUUCUUUACUUUGGACCAGAAGUAACGAUGAAUAAGGACGCCCUUCACUUUGGUGGUAUUGAACACCGAGAAGUACGUUUAGUUGGUUCGUGCACAAUAUGUAUGGCUUAUGGCAACAUUCCUCCACUUUCCAAGGCCAAAUGCAACGCACUGGUGGUAAGGACCCGUUGUGGCUGGUUUCUACUAUUUGCUUAUUGUCACAGAUCUGGCUUUGUGGGGACCCAACGUACUGCCGCAGUAUGGACAGGAGAUAACACUGCAGACUGGGAUCACUUAGCCAUUACGGCUGCGAUGUUGUUAUCAUUGUCGGUGUCUGGUGUGCCUUUUGUGGGAGCAGAUGUUGGGGGAUUCUUUGGCAAUCCUGACGAGCAGCUCCUUACGCGUUGGUAUCAAGCAGGCUCAUUCCAACCGUUUUUCAGGGCACAUGCUCACAUUGAUACCAAAAGACGUGAACCGUGGUUAGCCUCAAGGCCAACUAUGCAAGCAAUCCGCCAAGCUAUCAGAAGACGAUAUGCUUUACUUCCAUAUUGGUACACACUUUUCCGUGAGCAUAUGAUCACUGGUGCACCUCCUAUGCGACCGAUAUGGUUUGAAUUUCCUAACGAGGAGAACUUGUAUGAAGAAGAAAAGGCUUGGAUGGUCGGUAGCGCACUGUUGGUACGCCCUGUCGUUGAGAAAGACACAUACAGUGUGAAAAUUGUUCUUCCAACUGAACAGAAUAAGAAAACACGUUGGUUUGACUGGGAAUCCGGUAUUGAACGAACGGCUGGUGUAUUACAUGUGGAUGUCCCGAUUACCCAUGUGCCAGUUUUCCAGCGAGGAGGCACUAUUAUACCAUCCUGGCAACGGAUUAGGCGUGCGUCAACUCUUAUGAUACAAGAUCCUCUAACGUUGUUCAUUGCUCUUGACGGAAAGGGAUAUGCUAAAGGCAGUGUCUAUCUUGAUGACGGGGCUACACAUGACUACAUGAAAGGAGCGUAUAUAUCAGCUGAAAUAGAAUACAAUAGUUUUGAAACCGAGACAUGGAUUGAGCGAAUAGAAGUGCAAGGCUUAGCGCAUGCUCCUCAUAACAUAUCGAUAGUUAGGUCCUCGGACCCAACAGAUGCCUUGGAAUUUUCGUACAACGGCGAUCGAAGGACACUAACAAUACGAAAACCAUUGGUUAGUAUUACUCAGUCGUAUAAGAUCCAUAUUUCAUUCUGA